GAUGUCAUACUUUCUCAGCUACAGCCCCCACUCUGGUGGAGCCUGGUAAAGCAUGUGUUUGGUGUUGCCAGGAGACUUCUUAAAACAGAGACAAGUCUCUGCUGUAUUCACUUCCCCUGUAAGAAUUUUUUUCUUAUGGAAGUUAUGGAAAACUCUGAUGAGUCUCAUGAGAGGGAGAGGCUGAAGAUGAGGAUCGCUGUUUUGGAGGAGAGUGUGAAGUCCUGUGAGGUAGAGUGUAAAGCCAGCAAAGAGACGGUGCUAAGGCUGGUGGCAGAGCUGGACCGAGAGAGGAGGAAGGCUGCCAGCAGUGCAGCAGCACUCGAUUCACUCAAAGAGGAGCUAGACGGUCUGGUGGUGGGAAGGAAGAGUGUUGAGAUGGAGAAGGGAACCCUAAUGGAGAGGCUUGACGCCAGCAAGAGAGUCACAGAGGCAGCUAGGCGAGAGUCCCACUGUUUAGAGAAACAAGUGGAGGGGCUUGAAAGAAAGCUACAUUACAGCCAAGGAGAGACCCGGGCAGCUGAGGAGAAACUACAGAUGUUCCUGAAAAAGGUGGCAGGCCUGCUGAUGCAGAAGUCUGAGAAUGUCAUCCUGCCCACAGAGGAAGAUGUUUUACACCAAUUGGAUAACCUCUGCAAUAAGUCUUUGUCAGAGAUGGAGGCCAGACUGUGCCAUGUCUCUGAGGAGCUGAGUGAGCAGACGGAGCUCCAGCACAGUGCACUGCAGAGGGCUCAGCUUGCAGAGCAGCAAGUCCAGGACCUGAGGGAGAGGCUGCAAGGUCUGCAGACUGAACUGUUGGCAGCAGAUAGGCAUCGUGACGGGCUGAGACACAGCAAACAGCAUUAUGAAGAGUUCCUGGAACAGCUGUCUGAGACAAUGAAGGUUGACAGUAUUGCUGUGGAUCUAAGUUUCGACAUGAGGCUAAAACUCAUCCUGUCACGUGCAGAACAGCUUCUUAAACAAGAGACAAGUGCUUUGGUGGAGAGCAAAAGUCUGACCUACAGUCUACAGCGAAAGUAUAAGUCACAGAAAGACCAACUAGAGAGCAAAGGACUCCACAUCCAGUUCCUGAGGAAGAAGAUGUCCGAGCUAGAGGAGGAGAAGAGGAGUCGAUCAGCGUUGCAACGAGAUGAUGCUCAUCUGGAGGUCAGGAGGCUGCAGAAAAAACUGGAGCGUCUCCAAGGAGAGCUGAAGAAUACCAAACUGUCCAACACUGAGCUCAAGGCCCAGCUGUCCCACACCAAUGAGCUCAAGUUGAAAGUCCUGGAACAGAGUCAGACCAUGCAGGAGCAGAAAAAGAAGCUGGAUCAGCUGGUGGACGGGAAGGCUAAGGUGGAGAAGAAGCUGAACACAGUGAGCUCAGACCUGCAAAACCAAGAGAUGAAGACCAGAGAGGACCAGCAACAACUCAGUACCCUCAGACAGAGCCUGGCCCAGCUAUCUGAGAGGGACAGAGAGUUGGUUGAUUUCCGGAUGGUUGUUUCCCAGAUGUUGGGUCUGGAUGCCACAUCCCUAGCUCUUACAAAUUAUGAAAUCAUCAAAUUACUGGAAAACCUUCUUCACGCUCAUCAUCACCAUCACCACCUUCUUCAUCAUGUUAAUAUGCCCUGGCCCUGUCCUUCUCACCAGAGGCCUCAUUUCCCCCAAAUCCAGAACCCUCCUGACAGCUCCUCCUUGGAUCUUUCUACCUCCAGGUCUGCUCAUCCAGAAGAUGCACUUCCCCUUCACAAAGCCUAGAUUUAUAGAUUAUCCUUAAGCCAAACUGCAUUUAAAAUGGUGAUGUGUUAUACUGGCUUA